GUCACCAAUCCAACCGUUAUAAUGAAUGGAUGUAGGCAAGUUCAUCCUUACUUCGUAGACCAACAUUAUAGACUCCUAAACGUAUUCAAUAACUUGGAGAACUACGCCAAGUUCUCUACGAUGGCAGCUCCCCCCAGUAGUCGGGAGAGUCGUCCAAAGUUGGAGGACGUGGAUUGCCUCGAUUGGACUUGUGAUGGUGAUCAUCUAGUAGUAGCUCAUCGUAACUGCAAUAUGGUCUUGUGGAAUGUUAAUCGAUGUAUGCAAGAACGUCAGUGGACAGGGGAUACAUGGACAUGGGCCGAGCCUCAUCCCAUAGACUCACAUGUUAUUGCGGCUGUCACCUUCAAUGGUCUAGUGAAAAUAUUGGAUACUCGAGCACCGAGCGGCAAGGAUGGACUCAUGUUCAGCGCAGAGUUCUCGAAAAACCCAGGGCCUACCGAGCCUAAGGGGCUUGAAAAGUUAUUGAACGUUACUUGGCACCCAGAUGGCCGCUUCUUGGCUGUCUAUGGCAGGGCGGGGACGAUACAGAUACUAGACCCUAGGAUGGUAGUGUCCUCGACUAUGUCGAGUAGAGAGGGACAGACUCCUGUUGGUUCCUUUGCCUUUAGUCAGCAGAUUAAUACUGCUGCUAAUACGGAGGUAUAUUCGAUCCUAUGGGAUAACUAUGAUGAGGGAUCUCACUCACUAUGGGCGGCUACUACUGGAGCUCCUAGUAAAAUACUCCUUUACGACGAUGAUGUGCUCCUUAAAGGAUCUCAAUGCCCACCAGACGCAGUGAAGCCCUCGGAGGUGCUUAUCGGCCACCAGUCUACUACCUUCACAUUAUCCAGAAGUGGAGAUGGACGCUUUAUGGCAUCUGGAGGGGGAGACUCCUUGGUGGACAUUUGGUCAGUAGCGGACCUCACCUGUAUAAGGACCUUUUCCUCUUCUACUCAUGUUCCUAUACAGUCAGUCGCUUUGAGUCACGAUGGUAGUUUGGUUGCAUAUACAUCAUUACCGUCUACGGGUGGUAAUGAUGUGAUUGAUCGUAAUCUAGUCAUAGCUGGUACUAUGACUGGAGUGGAGUAUGUGGACGUAGCUCAGAAACUCAUAGGCAAGAACAAUCGGAUACCCCAUCCAGUGAACCAUGUUGCAUGGUCACCAAAGGAGCAUGCCUUAGCCUACAGCAUGACUGCUAGUGGUGGUGGCAGCACUGAGCCAUCGCCGAACAGUCUGGUAAACGUGAUGAAGAUAGAUGCUGAUAAUAAGACUUUACAGGACUGCCCUAUAGACUUUUAGUCCA